GCCACCAUGGGGAGUUAAGGGGGCAGUCGACGGAUUAUUUUCGUUAAUAUUUAAUAUCAGAAAGCUAUCCAUAUGCUGCGUUUUGGAGCACACAGUUCGCGCCACUAUCCCCAAUGCAGCGGAUUACGGGGAUCGGGCUUUCAGAGACGGGUGAAUUGUUUGCCAGCAAAAUCAUUGCUAGAGGGCAAGAUCUGACCUCUGCCUUGUGCAAUCAGAGACAUGAGUGUUGUCAGAGAAUUACAUGGGAUUGGGUACAGGGGCGGUGGUGGGGUUGUGGCCUCUCUGAGCGGCCCUACCCACUUUACCGAGGAUGCUCCGCGACCCCCUGUUCCUGGUGAGGAGGGAUCUGAUGUGGACCCCCCAGUCCAGUCAGCCAGCACCCGUCCAAACACCCUUUCCCAGACCCUCGGCUAUCUCCCGUCGUCCUCAUCAUCUAAAAUGGGGGAUCCAUCAAGCUACACACCCUCCUCUUCGUCUGCGACCCCGCGUCGCCCUGAUCUGGACUUGGGGUAUGAACCUGAGGGCUCUGCUUCACCAACUCCACCUUACCUGAAGUGGGCAGAGUCACUUCACUCUCUCCUAGACGACCAGGAAGGCAUCCAGCUGUUCCGAAACUUCCUGUGCCAGGAAGGCUGUGCGGACCUCCUUGACUUCUGGUUUGCUUGCUCGGGGUUCAGGAAGACCAGCCAGGAGAAGCGGGCAAAGCUAGCCAAGGCCAUCUAUAGGAAGUACAUUGUUGACGGAAGCGGGAUUGUCUCCAGACAGAUCAAAGCAGCCACCAAGAGCUUCAUCAGAGACUGUGUUGGAAGGCCGCAUCCAGACCCUGCCAUGUUUGAACAGGCCCAGAUAGAGAUCCAGGGUAUGAUGGAGGAGAACACCUACCCUUUGUUUCUUAAGUCGGAUCUGUACCUGGAGUACACACGGACAGGAGGAGAGAGCCCCAAGCCUAACCCUAGCGAUCAGAGCCCUUCAUCGGGUCCAGCCAAGCCUGUGCCUGGCUACUUACCGACACUCGCUGAGGACGAGGAGUGGAGGUGUGGAGGAGGAGGAGUGAGGGAGGUGGAGGAAGAGAAAGAUGAGGAGGAGUGUGGAGACACACCAGCUGGUAGGCUGACUCACAGCCUGCUGAUGCAGACAGCACCGCAGAGAGCCUCGGCCAACAGGAGGAGGCAGGACAGCAGGGAGUACAGGCCGUGGCGGGAGCCGGUAAACCCGUACUACGCUAAUAUGGGCUAUGCUCGCGCGCCGGCAACCAGUGCCAAUGACAGUGAGCAACAGAGCAUGUCGAGUGAUGCAGACACACUGUCACUGACCGACAGCAGUGUAGAUGGUAUUCCUCCAUACAGAUAUCGGAAGCAGCAUCGUAAAGAGAUGCAUGAAAGUGCCAAAGCCAAUGGACGUGUGCCCCUACCUCAUAUACCUCGCACGUACCGCAUGCCAAAGGACAUCCACGUAGAGCCUGAGAGGUUUGCAGCAGAGCUCAUCAGCAGGCUGGAGACGGUUCUCAGAGAGCGAGAGGCUCAGGAAAGACUCGAAGAGAGGCUGAAGAGAGUACGACUGGAAGAAGAGGGAGACGAUGCUGACAUCUCCGUGACAACCUCCAUGUCUUCUCAUAGCAUACCACUCCCCCUACCCUCAUCGUUUCCACCUCUCUAUGGCGCCCGUUAUUCAGAGACCACUGCUAACACGGCAACAGUCGCCACUUAUGGCGGUCUGGUUGCCAUGGAGGAUUCCCAUGACGACGACCCGGAAUCUAUUUUGGAUGAGCAUGUACAGCGUGUGAUGAAAACACCGGGUUGCCAGUCGCCAGGGGCAACCAACAGCACCUUAGGAGGAGGGGGUCGGCACACUCCUCCCAAAUCAUCGCGUUCACCUGACGGGGGGACCGGCCCACCUCACUACCCCCCACACCGAGGGGGAGGUCACAGUUUGCCUGCUGCUGGGGUCAAAGGUGUGCAUCACCACAAGCAGCUGUAUCACCACAGAGGAAGAGAAGGGCAGGAGGAGGCGGGCUCUAGGUCUCAGGCUAACUUCAUGUGGAACGGAGACCCAGCCAAUCAGUACGCAGGGAGAAGUCGCAACUACGCCGACGGGGCCGGAGCCAGCACGCUCGAGGGCAUGGGUUACAGUAGUAAAGGCAGCACGCUAUCGCGGCGAGGUUGUAAGAAGGCAUCAGAGACGUCAGGCAAAGGCGACGAGAGUGGCCGUGGCCUGGAGGCCCAGGUGCCACUGGAGGAUCUGGAGAGAAACCAGAAGAUCCUUCAGUGGAUGAUGGAAGGAGACCGACAAAGGAAGAGCUCACACGGCGGCAGCACCAGCAGCUCCAGGAGGACGGGAGCCAGCAGCGAGUCACCACGUCCCACAUCAGUGGAGCGACCUGGAGCCGUGCACCCCUGGGUCUCUGCCCAGCUGCGGAACAACCCCUCCUCAGUGUCCCCCGCCAUCCCCGGCUCAUCGUCCACACAGGUCCAGCCCUCGCACCCUUUCAUCCAGGACCCAGCUAUGCCCCCCAACCCAGCUCCCAACCCCCUCACCCAGCUGGAGGAGGCUAGGAGGAGGCUGGAGGAGGAGAGGAGGAGGAACGCAAUACAGCAGGCCAAGCAGAGGCAUAAGUCUGGUAAGCGGCAAGUGUGCGAGAACAUGACGGUCGCUUACUACUUUUGUGGAGAGCCGAUCCCAUACCGAACGUCAGUCAAAGGCCGGGUGGUGACUUUGGGCCAGUUCAAGGAGCUGCUUACCAAAAAGGGCCAUUACAGGUUCUACUUUAAGAAAGUGAGCGACGAGUUCGACUGCGGGGUCGUGUUCGAGGAGGUUCGUGACGAUGACGCCAUCUUGCCCAUCUUCGAGGAGAAGAUCAUCGGGAAGGUGGAGAAGGUUGACUGAAAUCUGGGAACAGGAAUUGCAACAAGAUCAUUUGUGUAAGAAUAAAAAAAAAAAAAGAAAACAGGAGGAGAUAGGAGGAGAACAUCAGGAUUGGAUAGAAAUUCAGGUGAGAGAAAACGAAUGAAUGAAAGUAGGAAGAUGGAAGGAGCAACGUGUGACAGAAGGGGGUUGGCGCUGCAUGGUCGUAGCUCGAGUAUUAAGGAGGUGGUUGGUUUUAUGGAUUGGAUCAAACCCACAUACAGCGAAGAAGCUUGGCCAGAUGAAACCAGAGCGGAGGAAAGGAACAUAAAUUAUUUCACCUGUCUUGUGUCCACUGUGGAUAUUAGAGGAGCGCUGUUAAAAUCUGAUGUCUGACCAGUCUUCCACUUCCACUGCGAUGGAUGGGAAAGGGUGAGGGGGGACUGCUGGAAGGAGAGAGGAUAAAGUAGUCUUCCACUUCUGCUCUGGAGGAGUCUGUCCUCCGCAGACCAUUACGAUGCUGCUACAUUACCACGGAAACUCUUCAAUCGGUGCUCGGGACAGCAAAGAAAAGCAGUUUGGAUCCAUUCGGGAGUCUCGCUGCCUUUCGCUGUCUCUGUUCCUCAUCAGCUGGUGACAAGGGGAGAGGACGGAGGAUUUGGGGGAGUGGGAACUUUAGCCUGCUUCUCCUCUCGUUGACUUCAUAGCCUCAAACCAGAGACUUUCUCACCCUUGAUUCCUAGAUGUCAUGUAGUGAUCUCUCACGUCAACAUGUUCAGACAACAGUUCUCCACACAACUUGUUUACCAAAGCUACAUAUUUUUGAUAAGACAAGUAUCCUAGCUACUUGUUUCAUUUUAUUUGAAUUGUGUAUGUACAAGGCAGGUACUAUUACUUAUUAAUGCAGCCUAAUUUCGUUAUAUCUCAACUUAAUGUUGUAUUAUUGUGUAUGUUUUGAAGCUAGUUCAUUAGUCAUUUCAGGGCAGCCAUUUUGUUUUUGUUUUUUUCCCUCUAUAAGACAUCUCUGCACCUCAAUUCUGUUCUGUUUACCUUUUUGAGUGUGUGGUUCUGUUCUCCUGCGCGAUGGAUUGUAAGUAUAGGAUCCCCACCCUUAAAAAUUGUCACGAAACACAAGAGCGCACACUGCAAGUGUGCCGUCUUUGACCACAGCAUCUGUUGUUUUGAAAACAGGUCACACUGUCACUUCCCCCACAUCUUAUUUUUCUGCUAUGCUGAGGGCCUGUGUACGUAACUCCAAACUCAGUCUAGGUGCCUGCCUGCCCGCCUGCCUGGCCAGUGCCAUUACCAACUAGAAUGCUUAUUGUGAAGCGCGUCAGUGAGCGUGAAAGCCUGUGUCAUGUGUGCCUGAACUCAGCCAAAGAGCAUAUCGUGUUUGUGCGUGUGUGCGUGUGUGCGUGCGUGUGUUCCAAGUUGACAAGUAUCAAAUGUAUUUUUCCAUCAUGAGCAGAAGGGAAUCUCUUCCUCUUGCAGAUUCCUAAACUUCAAACAUUGUAUCUUACCGCUGAGUUUAAAAUCUGCAGUUUAUCUUGAAAGAACAGUUUGACAUUUUGGGAAAUGCGUUGGAUGAGAAUGGAUACCACACUGAUGUCUGUAGGGUAAAACUACAGCCAGCAGCUAAUAGGUUUAGCUUAGCAUAAAGACCUUGAAAGGGGAGAAACAGCUAGCCCAGCAAAUUACAGCUGAUCAUUUUUAUUAGUGAUCCAUUUUUGCCUGUUUAGUUCUGGAUUAAUUGAUUGACCCAAUAAAAUGUCACUACAUCAGUUUCUCCAAGGUGAUGUCUAAAAAUUGCUUGUUUUGUCAGACUAAAGAUUUUUGUUUCCUGUCACAUUUGACAAAAAAUCAGCAAAUUGGUACAAUUUAGAAACUGGAACUAGCGAGUCUGCUUCAAAAUGAUGUUAAUCGAUUACCUGAAUUGCUCCAUUGAAUUGUUCUUUCUUCUAAGCUAAGCUAACUGCUGGAUGUAGCUUCGUAUUUAACACCUAAGACAUGAGAAAUGGUGGCAGCCAAUGUGGGAAUUUUCAAUAACGUCAAACUCUUCGUUCAGACCUCUCGCAUCAGUGCAGUCCUGCAUUUAGGCCGCGAGGCCAGAAUAUCAUAGAAAGCGCCGUGCAGACAAUGCACUGAUCACACACCAGCUAUGUAAGCUGAAUGUAAUUUGACUUUUUUAAACGUUUACCCGCUAUGUCCUCAAAGGAGUCGUGUCGUCAUGUCUGUCCUCGGUAUUGAUCUCAAACUGUUGGCCUGAUUGAGUGUUUUGUGUUAUCUAUGCUGUAGUUAAUGGAAUGUGUCCAUCAAACAGAGGUCCUACUGUACGUCUUGCAGGAAUGUCAAAUACAGUUUGUCUUGGGCUUCAGCCCAGUAAGGGAAGCGUAGGAUCAGAAAGCAUAUUUGUCCUUACUUCAACCCAUUAUGCCUUCAAUAUAAAAUUUAAAGUUUAGAUAUGUAUUUGUUUAUAAAAAAAAUGUAAUUUUAAUAAUCACCAAGCAUGUUCUUUAUAAGGAAUGUUUUCCUGAUGAGUUGAAUUAUCUAUUUUGUUUUAAUGUUUAUGUGCAAACUGCUAUGGCCCUCUGAUAUAUUUUAUCUGUUUGGUUGGAAAGAAAGCCCAGGGACAGUUGAAUGACAACAUUUGUUAAGAGUUGAUUCAUGUAAUUAUGAUUCGAUGGACAAAACAAACAAAAGCGUCUGUUGUGUUGUCAGUUUGUGUGAAACACAGUGCCUUUAUCAUGUUAUCUUUUGAAAUAUCUUUAUUGAACCAAUCCAUGCUUUUAAUGUAAGCUUUUAUUUUCAGUCAGUCCCGUCGUAUUUUUAGCUGCAGCCAUUCUUGCUCACCUCUGUUCUGAUAGAUCCUCUGCUGUAAAUAUGUACAUUAUCAUUUCAUAUGUGUCUUCAGACCUGCACCACAUGUCCAUGGUGUUUCUGUUUUUCAAAGGUGAACGCCAAGAUGUCACUGUGCUGGUUCCACUUGUACAUUUCUUUUAAAAAGGUACUUCAUAAUAAAGAUGUUGA